UUCCGGUAGUUUCAUACCAGUAGUAUACCUGCAAACAUGGCUGCCUCCAUGAAGAAAGCAGCCCACAACAUCGAAACACGCAAGCGGACCGACGAUGUGCUUCUGUCGGAGGGGAUCGACUUCGGCUCGCUGCUGCUAUCGCAGGUCGUGUUGGACGGACUGUCCGCCGCUGGCUUCCAGAAACCGUCUCCAAUUCAACUCAAAGCGAUCCCGCUGGGCCGCUGCGGACUCGAUUUGAUUGUACAAGCCAAGUCUGGCACGGGAAAGACGUGCGUGUUCUGCACCAUUGCCCUUGACUCUCUUGUCCCAGAGAAUCCGGCUACUCAGGUUCUUGUUUUGGCUCCUACACGUGAGAUAGCGGUGCAGAUCCAUUCAGUGGUGAUGGCCAUCGGCUGCGCCAUGGAGGGCCUGGAGUGCCACGUUUUUAUCGGGGGCAGGCCUGUGAGUCAAGACAAAGCCCAUCUGAAGAAGUGUCACAUAGCUGUGGGUUCACCUGGUCGUAUCAAGCAGCUUAUCGAGCUGGGUAUGUUGUCCACUGCCAGUAUCAGACUGUUUGUUCUGGAUGAAGCAGACAAGCUGCUGGAGGAGGGCAGCUUCCAGGAACAGAUAAACUGGAUAUUUUCCUCUCUGCCUGUCAACAAACAGAUGCUUGCACUCUCUGCAACCUACCCAGAAUCCCUUGCUCAGUACCUUACCCGCUACAUGAAUGAGCCCACUUUUGUCAGGCUCAAUCCGAGUGAUAUGGGCCUGAAAGGGCUGAAGCAGUAUUACAAGUUGGUGCAGUCUCAUCCGCUACCUCACAAGGUGUUUGAGGAGAAGUUGCAGCACUUACUCGAGCUGUUCAGUAAAAUCCCGUUCAACCAGGCCUUGGUGUUUUCCAACAUGCACACAAGGGCCCAGCACCUGGCAGACAUCCUGUCCUCCAAAGGCUUACCUGCUGUUUGCAUAUCAGGUGGUCUGAGUCAGGACCAGAGACUGGAGGCAAUGUCAAAACUGAAGCAGUACCAGUGCAGAGUGCUCAUCUCUACUGACCUGACCUCCAGGGGCAUCGAUGCUGAGAAGGUGAACCUGGUGAUAAACCUGGACGUGCCACAGGAUUGGGAAACCUACAUGCACAGGAUUGGACGGGCUGGGCGUUUUGGCACUCAGGGACUGGCUGUGACCUACUGUUGCCAUGGUGAGGAGGAGAACAAGAUGAUGGCCAUCGCCCAAAAGUGUGGCCUCAGUUUGACUGCACUGCCUUCCACCUUAGAGCCCGGGCUGAUGGAUGAGCCAUGUGACUGGGAUGUCUGUGCUGAUGCCUCCGUUCCAAGCCCAGUUUCCCAGCUGAUGUCCAAACCUGAAAAGAAGAGGCAUACAAAGACUGGCGUACCUGUGUCUGAUCCCAUCCGUGAUCAGGUUGUAGAGCACAGCAGUCAAAGAAAGUCAGAUAAGACUCACCCAGCACCGAGGAGAGGACCACAUACUGAGGAAAAUACAAGGCAGACAUCUCCAAAAAGGGAUACUGUGCCACCACAGAGUUCUUCUCAAGCAAGUCAGACUCUAAAAGAGCUGCAAGACGCUCUGCCGAAGAUCCCUCCCCUCAGCUCUUUCAAAAAUUGCAGGUCGACAUUUGUUCCUUUUGAGGAGGCUGAGCAGGACUUCGAAACCUUCAUCACUACUGGUUUAGGGAGAUCAGUGGAGGUCAUCAGGUUGUUUGGAGGCAAAGAAGGUGGUGGCCCCAAUGAUCAGAGUGGAUAUAGGGAGUCUGUUAUGCUUGUUGAUGACGGAGCUCAAAAUAUAACUCGGAACAGAAGGUUAACAUCAGACUUUUCAUCUCAGAGAUUAGUUUCUGGUUCUUGUAGCUCCCAGUCUGAUAUGGAGGAUGAUGUGACUCUCAGAGGAUUGAAUCAGACUACAGGACCUGAAUACAGAGCAGUCACUAGGCCUCAGGCUGAAAGACCGGCCGUGCACAAACCCUCUGCACCCAGAAUACAGGACCAGACAAUCUGUGCAACAAGUGGAAAGGCUUUGUCUGAACAUAAGAGCACCAAAUCUGAACCAAGCACUGAAGGAAGCAGAGGAACACACCGGGAACCUCCAGCGUGGAGUUGGAGAGAUGAAUCCAGAAAGCUAAAAAAAGAGGGAAAAAAGCACUCUGAGAUAAAAGGAAAGCCAAAGAGGAAAGGGAAUAAAGAAGAUAGCACGGAGAUGGAGAAAGAUUGGAGCACAGAGACCUACUGGAGAAACUAUUACAGAGCCUGGAGUGAUUAUUACACGUCUUUGUCCAUUUCUCAAGAGCCUGGGUAUCAAAGCUACUACAGUGUUGCUCACAACUGGAUGGCAGCUUAUCGCAUGAAUGCAGUCUACAUGGAAGAGCUCAUGAAACACUGAUCUGUCUGGAAUGAUCAGUAUUUCCAGUUGUAUUUAUUUUUAUAUGGGAAAAUGUGUUCAGCUGGCCAGAGUUCAUGUCCGAUUGUAACCUGCAUGAAAGGACAAGGAAGUGUUCGACACCUUUAUAUGUAAGUUGUUUUCAACAAAUCCAUGUAGUGUAUGGUGUCUGUUAUUUUUCUAAUAAAUACCUGGAUUGCACAUA